GCGUUUUUGUCUCAGCCUUUUUCGGAGGCUUCCAUUAGCCCAGCCACUCGUCCUGAAGUCAAAACCACCACGAGUUCUCAGCCAUGGCCUCCGAUGACGCUCUCUACAUCCACACAGAAAAUCCGGACUUACUUUCAGAUAUCAUAGAGCUGCACCAGAUCCAAAUGGACACCGUCCCUGUGGACGCCGUACCUAUGGAGACUAUGGCGAUGGAAGCCGGCACAGAGUACGAGAUUAUCAGCGGCAAUUGGGUCCAUGGAGGCCACCACCAUACACCUAUGAUCGCGCUACAGCCAUUCUUGACCAGCAACUCGAGCCAAGGAGACCACCACCAGGAUAUAAUCAUGGUGCAGACACAGGAGGAAGUGGUGGGCUACUACGAGUCAGACGAUCUGCAGGCCAGCACCAAUUCCGAGAACCAGGUGGUCAUCCCAGUCAAUCAAGACGACAACUUCCAGCAGACCCUGGCUUCUUUGUCAACCUCCGUGUCAUCCUCAGCUGUCAGCCACAGCAAGAAGCGCAGCAGCCAAAGCAAGAAGUCAAGCGGUAAGAAGAAUAACACCAACAGCGAGGCCCACGCAGGAAGUAGCAGCUCUGAGAUUGGCAGAAAGAAAUGGGAGCAGAAGCAGGUGCAGAUCAAAACCCUAGAGGGUGAGUUCUCUGUCACCAUGUGGUCCCCAACUGACCAAAGAGAGAAGGACACAGGGCAGAUUAAGAAUCCAGCUCCCGAUUAUUCAGAGUACAUGACAGGAAAGAAGCUUCCUCCUGGAGGAAUACCUGGUGUUGAUCUCUCAGAUCCUAAACAACUAGCAGAAUUUACUAAAACGAAGCCAAAAAAACCCAAAGAAGAUGUUCCGAGAACAAUAGGUUGCCCUCAUAAAGGGUGUGAGAAGAUGUUCAGAGAUAACUCUGCUUUGCGCAAACAUCUGCACACCCACGGUCCUAGAGUCCACGUAUGUGCAGAAUGUGGCAAAGCUUUUGUUGAGAGCUCAAAACUAAAACGACAUCAACUGGUCCACACUGGAGAGAAGGCCUUUCAGUGCACAUUUGAAGGCUGCGGCAAACGCUUUUCCCUCGAUUUCAAUUUGCGUACACAUGUGCGAAUCCAUACCGGCGACAGGCCCUACGUGUGCCCCUUUGAUGGUUGUAAUAAGAAGUUUGCUCAGUCAACUAAUCUGAAAUCUCAUAUCUUUACGCAUGCUAAAAACAAAAACAGACAGAAGGGAAAACCCUUGUCAAACUUGGAAAGUGUCUUCCAGGAGCCUGAUUGAAAAUAAAUAUGCCUCUUUUGUGUAUUGCUUCUAGGAAAUAAUAUUUUUAAUGAUUCCUAUAUAUCUAAGGGUCAUGUUUUGAUAGAGUAGUAAAAAUAAAAGUAAAAAGUAAAAAAAAAAAAAAGGUAUUCCUUUAUAUACCAUUGUUAGGGUGCUAUAUCUUGUUCUGUAAUACUAUUUGAAAAACAUGGUGUUUUGUAAAGUUUGGUACCAACAGGAGGAUAAUUUAUGAACCUCACAUCCAAAAAUGGUUCUUUAUACAACUGUUCUAAAAAAUGGGACUUGUUUUCACAUUUUAAAAAAUACAAAGUUCACUUAUUGCUUACAAAUUUUUAAAGUUCUGUAUUUUCCAAAUGUUCAUAUUUAUAGUUUUAGGAAUAUGUUUAGUAAUUCUUUGUAUGGUUUGUUGAUAACUUUGCUUACAAUAGAUUUUCUUUAAAACAAUGAACAGUAACAAAGUAUUUUCCUAUUGAAAAAAAGUUACAUAGGUUUUGUUUGCUAUCUUAUUUUUGGUUGUAUUCUUUGAUGUUAACACAUAUUUCAUAACUGUCUUUUAGCUGCAUUGAUUUACAUAGUAUUGAAUAUUAGAUGUGACUUAAUAGUAUUAGUUAAUUCAAUUCUGUUUUAGUCAUUUUAUUUCCCCAAAAUACUGCCUCGUGCAGUUGUUUAGUAUAACUUCUUUGCAUGUUCAUGUAGACAGUGGUGCUUAGUUGUAGAAUAUAUUUUGUGUGUAUUGACUUUUUAACACUUGAUAUGUACAUCUUGU